UCGGGGCUCUCCGGGCCAGGGUAUAAAAUCUGUCCCGGCAGAGGAGCWGAAACCACUCCUGCUUCAUUCUCCUCGGAGAAAAGGCGCUCCAGACUCCAUCCCGAGCCAUGUCCUGCUACGACCUCUGCGCCCCGAAUUCAUGCAACCCCACGCCGCUGGCCAACAGCUGCACCGAGCCGUGUGUCCGGCAGUGCCAGGAUUCCACCUACGUGAUCCAACCGUCCCCCGUGGUGGUCACUCUGCCCGGGCCCAUCCUCAGCUCCUUCCCCCAAAACACCACCGUGGGCUCCUCGGCGUCCGCGGCCGUCGGGGAUGUUCUGAGCACCGGGGGUGUCCCCAUCAACUCCGGGAACUCCUCGGGGUUGAGCAGUUUGGGGUAUUCCGGGCUGGGAGGGAUUUACGGGAGGUCCUACCGGCGCUCCAACCGCUGCGGGCCGUGAGGAAGGAACGGCCGGGAGAUGAAAAGCGCGAUCCCAUCCUCUUGCUGACCCCACCGCCGCUUUGCCCUGAGCUCCCGAGGCUGCAGGAGCUCGGCAUUUCCGAUUCGAUGCCUUUCUGCGGCAUCAGCGAGGUGAAAAAUGUCACUUGGUUGUUGCCGGGUGUCCAGCUGUAAAGCGCUGCCGUGA